GGGCAAAUGUAAGUUCAUGAAAAUUUAAAAUAAUAAGGUAAUUUUAAAAUUUUAAAGGGUAAAGUGAGAUGAGUCUAACGUUGAGUGCGUCAGUGAUAAUAAUUUUAUUUUUUUUAUUUUUUUUUUUAAACACAGACGUAGGUGUUUAGUUGUGUUUGUAAGACUUUAGAAAAACACUUCUUUUUAAGUCGACCGUUGCCUUCAAGCGAAACACUUUUUCAACCCAUGAGGGACUCCUCCAAGGCUCUACCCAGAACCAAGCACUUUGUCACCAAUCAAAUAAACAACUGCAUUGCUACUCGAUCCCUCCCAAGAACCAAACAACUUCAUGCCCAUAUUAUCGCCUCAGAAGGCUCGCUAUCCUCUCAUCUCCGCUCAAGUUUUACCAAGUGCUAUGCUAUAAUCGGUUCCGUCUCUUAUGCCCGUAAGCUGUUUGACGAAUUGUCUGACCGAAGCUCGGCAUUGUACAAUGCUGUGAUAAGAAUGUAUAUACAUAAAGGUCUGCAUUACGAUGCUCUUAAAGUGUUUGGUGGAAUGCUUGGUGAGGGAAAGUGCCGGCCAGAUAACUUUACGUACCCGUUUGUUGCUAAGGCCUGCAGCGAGUUGGCGUUGCUUGAUGUGGGUCUUGCGGUUCAUGGACGUACGUUGGUAUCUGGAUUUGAGUCGGACCCUUUCGUCCAGAACUCCCUGUUGGCAAUGUACAUGAAUUGUCGAGAGAAAGAGGCCGCUGGGAAAGUUUUUGAGGCGAUGCAGGAUUGGACUGUGGUGUCUUGGAAUACCAUGAUUAACGGGUAUUUUCAUAACAGGUGUGUUGAUGAGGCUUUGAGGAUGUUUAAGUGGAUGAUGGAUGUGGGUAUGGAGCCUGAUAGUGGCACUGUGGUGUCGGUGUUGCCAGCUUGUGGUUACAUGAAGAAUUUGGUGUUGGGAAGAGAGGUUCAUACCUUGGUAGAAGAGAAGGGAUUGGGGAAGAAUAUAAAAGCAUAUAAUGCAUUGGUGGAUAUGUAUGCGAGGUGUGGUAAGAUGGAUGAAGCGCAAGUAGUUUUUGACAAGAUGGGGAAGAGGGAUGUUGUGACAUGGACAACCAUGAUCAAUGGCUAUGUUUUCAAUGGCGAUGCAAGACAGGCUUUGGCACUUUGUGGGCUUAUGCAGUAUGAUAGAGUAAGACCAAAUGCUGUGACUAUAGCCUCGCUUCUUUCGGCCUGUGGUAGUUUAACUCUUUUGAAAUAUGCCAGGUGCGCACAUGGGUUGGCAUUGAGGCAAAAACUUGAGUCUGAUGUCAUUGUGGAAACUGCUUUGAUUGACAUGUAUGCAAAAUGCAAAUGUGUCGAUCACAGCUUUCGAGUGUUUGCGAGGACUUCGAAACAGAGAACUGCUCCUUGGAGUGCCAUCAUAUCUGGAUUCAGUUAUAACGGGCUUGCAAGAGAAGCAAUGGAACUUUUCAAACAGAUGCUUACGGAAGCUGUACAACCAGAUGAUGCAACCCUUAAUGGUCUGCUUCCUUCGUAUUCUAUUCUUGCCGAUUUUUGUCAAGCAAUGGACAUACAUUCUUACGUUUUGAGAUCUGGGUUUCUUUCGAGCAUUGAAGUUGCUACCGGUUUGGUUGAUGUGUAUUCAAAAUGUGGAAGUUUAGAAUCUGCUCACAAGAUGUUUAGUGAAAUCCCCAACAAGGGGAGGGAUAUAAUUGCGUGGAGUGUGAUAAUAGCUGGUUAUGGAAUGCACGGCCAAGGCGAGGCUGCUGUCUCACUUUUCAAUCAGAUGGUUCAAUCUGGGGUGAGACCUAAUGAAGUCACUUUUACUUCAGUUCUGCACGCCUGCAGCCAUGCUGGUCUGGUGGAUGAGGGGUUGUGCCUGUUCAAAUCCAUGCUUGAAAGUAAGAAAGUGAAUCCACAGACUGAUCAUUAUACAUGCAUUGUCGACCUUCUUGGUCGUGCAGGUCGACUAGAAGAAGCUUAUGAUCUGAUUAAAAGCAUGACAUUUAGUCCCAAUCACGCUAUUUGGGGUGCAUUGCUUGGCGCGUGUGUUACACAUGAUAAUGUUGAGCUCGGAGAAAUAUCUGCUAAGUGGUUGUUUGAGCUCGAGCCAGAAAACACGGGAACCUAUGUCCUGAUGGCUAAAAUUUAUAGUGCAGUAGGUAGGUGGAAGGAUGCAGAAAAUGUGAGGCGAAUGAUGUCUGAAAUAAGACUAAGAAAAUCGCCAGCUCACAGUUUGAUUGAGGUCAGAAAUAUCUAGACUGAUUAUACUUUGUUUAAUAGUAUCUUAAUUGGAUUCUUUUUGUAUAUGGCCAAGAUACCUUUAGA